UGGCUGCUGCGUCACUUCCUGCAGGAGGAGGUGGAGGAUCUGUCGCGCUCCUCAGUCUCUGUAGUAAACUGAGGAGGAGCAGAGGAGGAGCCGCGGGUCACCUCCACUUUGUCCGGAUCGUAGGAACAUCACCGAACCGGAGGAGUCCAGCUUGGUAGGAACCGGUCCUCCUCCGAACUUCAUCUGGAACUGGACCCGUGGGCAGGAUACGAGCAGCUCCUCCGGACGCACCGCGGGAGGAUACACACAAGUUUUCUCUUUCUCUGCGUCCAGGGAUUGUUUGGCUUUUCUUCUUGGAUUUCGUGCGUAACCGGGUGGAAGUAGUUUCUUGGCUCGGCUCGGCUCGGCCCGGGAGCGUGUUGUCGGUGAGGCGGACACCUGACCUGCGGAUAAGCUCUGACGGAGCGGGACGAGGCUCUUACGCACCGUUACGCACACGAAGUUUUUGCAGAAUCCAAUUAGCUUGAUGUUUUCUAAAUGAUGGUAAGUGCUGGUUAAUUUGUAAACUGUGAUCGUGGAUCGGUCGGACUUGUGGAAGUUGCGCAUUUCUCGGAUCUAUUGGCGGAAUUGUAAGUGAAAGAGGUGGGUGGGUGGAGGGGGGGAAGCGGUCAUGGAUGCGACCGGAGCGCGCGUCCCCCAGUGGUCGUGAUGCCAAGCCCCGCACCGCCCGCGCGUAAUGCCCGGUCCCAUCGCUCUCUGAAGCCCGCAGCAGUGUGGCGCCGCGUCCCGGCCGCGCCGCUAGGAUGAGCAGCACCGACCUGGAGCGCAUGUCGCUCAGCUCCUCCGCCAACUCGGUGGCCUCCAGCGCGCGGACGCUCUCGGCCAACGUGAGGAAGCUGCACAACGCGCUCAACCUGCUGCUCAGCGACUCGGAGAGGGAGCAGUUCAUCCACUGCCUCAACGUGUACCACUCCAAGCGCAACGUGUACGACCUGGUGCAGACCCUCAACGUCAUCCUCAACGCGCCCGGCAAGCGGCAGCUCCUGCCCCUGCUGCGGCUCGUCAUCCCCCGCUCCGACCAGCUCCUCUUCGAGCAGUACACCUCGGAGGGCCUCUACCUGAAGGCGGAUCUAGCGGCGAGCAAUGGCACCGGCGACCCCCCGCCGGGCGACUUCCCCAGCGCCAGCCCCACUCCCCCUCCUGGGCACUUCUCGCCGAGCAACCCCGCGGAGUUCCAGGUGGCGCUGCGGGGGUCCCCGGACACUUUCAGCACCAGCAGCGACGGGACGUCUCCGCUGGUGCCGCUGCUCGGGAGGAACUUCAUCCACGAGCCGCCGGGGGAGAUCCGGCAGGUCAGCAUGAAGCGGCACAAGAGCAACGAGGGCCUGGGCUUCAGCAUCCGCGGCGGCUCGGAGCACGGGGUGGGGAUCUACGUGUCGCUGGUGGAGCCCGGGAGCCUGGCGGAGAAGGAGGGUCUACGCAUCGGGGACCAGAUCAUGAGGGUCAACGACAAAGUGUUCGAGAAGGUCACCCACGCGGAGGCAGUGAAGGUCUUGAAGGGCAGUAAAAAGCUUUGUCUCUCCGUGCGCUCAGUCGGGCGGAUUCCUGGCGGCUAUGUCACCAAUCAUGUUUAUACCUGGGUUGACCCUCAGGGUCGAGGUGUGUCCCCCCCGCCCGACCUGCUGGAGCAUCGCAGCGCCACCCUGAAGAGAAACGACAGCCAGCGACGCAGCAACAUGCAGCUGCUGCAGGAGGGCGACGAGAAGAAGGUCAACUUGGUUCUGGACGACGGCCGCUCUCUGGGUCUGAUGAUCCGGGGGGGCGCCGAGUACGCUCUGGGUAUUUACAUCACCGGAGUGGACCAGGCGUCGGCGGCGGAGUGUGGAGGACUCAAGGUGGGCGACCAGAUCCUGGAGGUGAACGGCCGCAGCUUCCUGAGCAUCCCUCACGACGAGGCCGUCCGGGUCCUGAAGUCCUCGCGGCACCUGAUGAUGACGGUGAAGGACGUGGGACGCCUGCCGCACGCCAGGACGGUGGUGGGGGAGACCAAGUGGAUCGCCAGCUCGCUGAUCGGGGAGAGUUCGGCCAACAGCAGCGUCGUAGGGUUCUCGAUGGACCAAGGAGCCUCCGCAGCAGGAAAGCCCGGGUUUUAUAAGGGCGUGGCGGGCUCGCAGGUGACCCUGUCCAGCCUGGUGAACCAGUCCCGGGCCAUGCUGGAGGAGCAGGCCCGCCACCUGCUGACGGAGGUGGAGCGGCAGACCAUGGUCUACUACGUGGAGGAGUACCGGGACGGGCACAUCGGCGCCGAGCAGCUGGUCAUGGCGUUGUUCGAGCUCCUCAACACUCACGCCAAAUUCUCUCUGCUGUCCGAGGUGCGAGGCCUGGUCGCCCCCCAGGACCUGGAGUGCUUCGACGGGAUGGUGCUGCGGCGGGAGAUCCAGGCCCUGAAGGCGCGGCAGGGCAAAGCCGGGGGGGCGGCGCCGCAGCACGACUCCCUGUCCAUGGUGUCCUACCCCGACACCCUGAACUCGUCCUCCGCCAGCUUCAUGACCAACACCACCCUCAGCUCUGCACGGAACGACAGCGUGGUAGAGACUAAUGGGAAGGAUCCUCCGGAGAGUCUGAACACUCUGCUGACCGACGUCUCUCUGGAUGAUGUUCAGUCCACCGCUGCAGAGUCGCCCCCCUCCUUCAAGCCCCCGCCCCCCCCGGGGGUGCAGAGGCGCCCGAGCAGACGAGAUCCGCUCAACAAAUGCCCCUCGUCCGAAUCCUCCCACUCGGGCUUGUACUUCACGGCCCCGCCCUCCCGCGGCCAUAGCAGAGAGUCAGGACACGCCCCCGCCCCGCCCGCACCCCGCCCCCCAAGGGAGGCCGCCAGGGACCCGUCGCAGGAGUACGCCGCCGUCAGAAAGCGAGAUCCUUCGCUGCCGUCCAAGAAGGAGCAGGUAGCAGCUGCUCAGUUGUCCAUGGUCGCCCGGCACCACCACAUUGGCCCUUUUCCCCGGGUGCAGUCCCCCAACAGAGGCACCAAACCCGCCGCCCCUUCCCCUUCUCCUCCACCCCCGCCUCCGCUCCCUGCUCCCCACCCGCCCCCAUCUCUGCCCCUCAAACCCCUGUCCAUGUCCAAAGCCUCCUCCGCCGCCACUAAACAGCGGUUUGUCACGGUGGAGGUUCACCGGCCCAACGCGGAGCCCGACGUCAACGAGGUGCGGCCGCUGCCACAAGCUCGAGGUGGAGCCCUGUCUCAGCUGUCAGACAGCGGCCAGACCCUCAGUGAGGACAGUGGCGUGGACAUAGCUGAGUCAGCACACCUCAGCAAAGACAGCAGCCCCCAUUCCUCACGCACCCGCCUCCCCCGAGACCCCCAGGGAGGCGGGGGGAGCAACCCCUCCAAACCGCCGGGGCUGCUGGAGCCCACCUCCACCCUGGUGCGGGUGGCAAAGAGCGCCGGCACCCUGGGCAUCGCCAUCGAGGGCGGAGCCAACACUCGCCAGCCGCUGCCACGAAUCGUCACGAUACAGAGAGGAGGGUCCGCUCAUAACUGUGGCCAGCUGAAGGUGGGUCAGGUGAUCCUGGAGGUCAACGGGGUUUCCAUGAGGGGCCGCGAGCACAGGGACGCGGCGCGCAUCAUCGCCGAGGCCUUCAAGACCAAAGAGAGGGACCACGUGGACUUCCUGGUGACCGAGUUCAACGUGGCUCUAUAGCGGAGCGGAGGAGGGGGGAGAGGAGGAUGACGGGAACAGCAGCAGCAGCAGCAGCGAGGGAGGAGCGGUCGGUGGAGAAGAUCAAGGCCGUGACAUCCAAGCGUCUGUUGGUUUCAAUGGCACAACUCGUUAAGAUGGACGUGAACAAACCCCCGCCUCAUCUCCGAGCCCCGCCCCUCGUCCCGUUCAACUCCCGAGUCGUGAAACUCUCAUUCAACAGCGAUUGUCUCCACUGUGAACUCUGUUCAGAUCUCCUCCAACAUGUUACCUCCCCACUGUGACACCUUAUGCACUACUAUGGGAAACAAUGAAACCUGUACCUUUUCUUUUUGAUUGUGUUGAUUCUCGUUGGACUGACCUCCAUUUGAAACCCUCUGGAGCUUCUCGUAGCACUCCCCCUCGUUCCCUCGGUUUCAUUCUGUUUCCUGCUUCUCUCCAGGAGACGGCUGCACAGACAAGACUGUUUCACGCUCAUUGCAAGCUUGGGUUUGUAUAUGUAAAAAUGAACAAAUGUAGAUACAGAUGCGUAUAUAUAUAAAUAUAUAUAUAUAUACAUAAUGUACACAUAAAGAUACUCCUAUAUGAAUUAUAAAUCUGUAACCUCUGUUGCAUCAACAUAUAGUAAUAUAUUUCAGAGAUGAUAAUUCAGGCCUUCACAGACACAUUGGAACAUGUCAGGCUGACGGCAACACGCUCCAAUUUAUAUUUAUAACUUCAUUCAUACAAAGAUGCAUCGUUUCCUGUUUCCUCUUCUCCAGCGACUCCGAACCAGCUCAGUUUGAUUUUAAUUCCCAGCAGAGAACGACGACUUUCUGCGUCACAGCAUCAGACGAGUUUAAAAAGGGGAGUCGACCCUGUGACCUGCAGCUCGCUGAGUUAAAUGAAUUCAACAAUCAACACUGGGUUUUGUCUACGUGACGCAGCAGCAGAAAACAUUAAGUAACUUAAUGCAGCUCUGAUUUAAAGGUAGGAGAGUUAGCGAGAGUGUUUACAGUUCAGCCGUUAGAUGCAGAUUAUAUAUUUGACCCACUUCCCUGAAUAUGCCUACGUUUUUUUUUUUUUAUAAAGAUCUAUUCAUUAAUUAUUCUCUGAGAAAACUGGUGAAAAUGUCCAAAAAAGAAAGCCUUGUUUGAUUUCCAUGAAAAUUCAAUUAAGGAUUCAAACUCUAAUGAGAACCCGUCAGAUCGCACUCAAACACAAUCCUGUCGUGUUCAGAUCAAUUCUCUCUGGAGACAUUUCUCACAUUCGGCCACUUUCUGUUGGAGGUUUCCUCACAGGGGCAUAAACGGACCUGCUGCUCCCCGUGCUGAAUAACAAUUGAUGAUUUUAUUUUGUAAUUUCAUAGUUUUAAUUAUUCCCGCCCUGGGGGGGGCUCGCUGAAGCCAAUGCUCUGCACAGCAAUUACUCCCGAGGAGCGAGUAAUGAGACGUUUAGAGGACGACACCGCCAAAGAGACACUCCUCCACACAUGCUCACUCAUGGAACACGUGUGUGUUUGUGUGUCUGUGAGUGUGCACAUAUUUUUUCCAUUUAUAGAAAAGCAAUUAGGAGAUAAGCAAUCAGGUAGAGAGAGAGAUGGAGCAAGAGAGGAAGACAGAGGAGGAGAGAGUGAGUUGAGAAUCCAAACGGGAAGUGAGUGUUGUGCAGAUGAUUUGCUUCCUCUCAGGAAGCAGGCGAGCGUGGGGGGGGAGCGUGCGCGUUGUGGGGAGCGUGCACGUUGUGGGGAGCGUGCACGGCGAAAACAUCGUCCAUGUGUCAAUCUCACAAACUCACAUCAGGCUGCAGGUGGAGAUGUGUGGAGCAAUUAAUCAGGUGUGUGUGUUCAGAAUGUGUGAAAGUGUUUUCUGAAGCAGGAGACGGAAAGUGAAACAAAUGCAAAUGUCAUGAAGGGAUCUGCGGCAUGAGGGGGGGGGGCGGUCCUCUGGCAGUCUGAGCUCUGUGGAGAAUGCCAACAGGGCAGCUCUGUGACAAACUGCCGUCACACUCCUCAGCUGUUCUGCUGACGAUGGAGAGAGACUUCGCUCGUGCUUUUGUUUUGACAGUUUAUCUGCUGUGCUCCUUCAAACUGUGACGUCUCUGAACCGUAGAGAAACAAAGUGAGAGCUGCAGGUUCUUUAAAGGUCAUCGAGAGGCCAGCCCACGAUCUGCAGAUAGACUUAUUUAAAUUCAUUUGAAGUCAUUUCAUAACCUGAUGAUGUCAGUCUGUAUGAUUUGAUUUUGGCCUCCAAACGGUGCAUGUAAACAAUUCUUCCUUUUCACUGGUUGCUUUUCACUUGUUUCUCUGUCCCAGUGGUGAAUUCAUCCUCCUUUUAGCUCAGUUUUGGUCUCCACCAGCUUGUGAGAAAGACAUUUGGCUCAUUAGCUCCUACGUGUUCUACUUUUCUUUAGCAGCUCAUUGUUUGUGUGUCUUCUGGAGCUGGACCGGUCGUGCACAGCGGGUUUCAUCCGCAGCUUCUUUACUGAAAACAGCUGCUGGAGUCGGCGUUGAUGAGACGUCUGAGACUCGUGCGUAGACAGAUGGUCUGCUCGUGCAGGAAGUGAAACAGUGAAGCCUUCUCUCUCACUACAGGGGAAAUCAUUAUAAAACCAUUAUGAUGCCAUGGUGCAUGCACACCUGGUUUGAAAUGGAGAGGCAGACGGAUUUUUCGUUGGUUUCUCCCAUACUAAGGUGACUAGUUUCCGCGAGAGGCAAAGUUUGGAUUCCUCCUAAAUGCACCGAGCACUUGAAAUCGAGCGCCUGCAUCUUCAGAACAGAGCCUUUGAUCGAAAGCUUCCACGUUUUCGAUGAAAAGCUUUGUGUGUCCCAGAGCCUGAUGAAUCAUUCAUAAACGACAAAAGGAACGAGGAGAGAGACUGAAGGAGAAUAUCAGGAAACCACCAGAGUCUCGGACACAUGAGGUUUCACCGAAGUAAACAAAUCAUAAACCUGCGUCUGCAAAUCAGAUUCAAAUUAAGACUUUAACCAUGAAUCCUGCCGCAGGGUUUAUAAAACCUUCUGGUGUCGGUGGCUCCAUUAACAAGUCAACCGGCUCGGCCUGUUUAUAUAAAAGCUCUUAUUCAUAAAUGCAAAUAGUUUGUUGAUUUCCAUGGUCUCUGAAUACGCCCAUUAACAUGAUUAGAAAAAAAGUUCUUUGCAUAUUCAGCACAUGUUACAAACAAAAUCAGGAAAAACAAAAUGCUCAGAGCAACAACAGGCGAGCAGACUUAGAAUCCAUGAUGCAACUGUGUGUGAGUGUGUCUCUGUGUCUGUGUGUGUGUCUGUGUAUGUAUGUGUGUGUCUAUGUCUGUUUCUGUGUGUGAGAGAGACAGAGUUGGACACUGGUUAAUUAAAGAAUAAAAGCCUGAUAGAAACAUUUGGUCACCAAUGAUUCCUGGAUCUGCCCCCCCGAUCCCAUUGUAUUUGGUUCUGUCCUGAACCAAACCAAAGUUUUUGUGUGAUCUUUCUUACGCACAAAUGGACAGGGAUGAAAAUAUUACGUCUUUGGCAGAGAUAAAAAAAAAACUGCUUAAAGAAAUAGUGACAAUUCUGAUGAGUUCGAGUAAAUUUCCAGUCGAUAAAAACAACGCAGCUACAGAAAGUAAAAGAUAAGUUGAAAUGUUCUUUCUCUUCUCCUUGACCUGAGAAUCACUAGAUCCCUGUUACUGCUCCUCGUGUCCAUCAAUGCCAAAGUUCCCUUAAGCAAGACACAGAACCCCCCCCCCCCCCCUCCCAUUGCUGGUUCCCUGCUCAGGUGAAAUGUAGAUAAAUGCAAACACGUCUCAGAGAACGGGUGAGAAGUCGAUGACUGUGAAGUUCUUCAGGAAAAACGACAGCCAUCGUGACAUUAACCCCACGUUUACUGAUUGAGAAUCGAUAAGAGUCACACGGUGGCUCGGGGGCCCCAUUUGUCUUUGCCCCGGUGUUAAAGGGCCACGCAGGGGGGGGGG